UUUCGUUUUUUGAACCUAACCAAUGCGUUCAAAAUGUCACAAUAUAACCUCGUUAGUAUGACAACACGCAUGGCCCGACCACCGUUUACCUGCGUUGGUGCAAACGAAAAUAGAUGAUGGAUCACGAAGAUGAAUUCCUUAACACCUUUUUUACACAGGUCGCUCAGCUGUGCAUCGAUAAAGCUAAAGAGACAGUUGAAAAAGAAAGGGAAUCAUGCAGGCAAACACAAAUGGGCCCAUGGGGCAUGCUUUUGUUGCAUUUACCACAAAUAGCCAUGGCUGAACGUUCAUAUGUAGAUCUAGGUUUUCUCCAUACUAAAAAUAAAGGCUUCCUUAGAAAGGAUAAUUCUUUAAAAACUGUGUAUGAAUCAUUGAAGUCUGAUUUAAAGAGACUUGAGGAAAUGACCAGAGGAACAAACUCUAUUGGAGCGACUGUUGCAAAUGUUUCUAAUCAACUCUGCCAAUUUAUCACAGCAAGAAUCCAACUGAUAGAAUUCUAUGAAAAAAUGUACAAUAUGAGUGUAAGUAGCAAAGUUAUGAAGCACCAAGAACUGUUGCAGUUUAUUGAGGAAAUAGUAGAAGGUCAUGUAUUAUCGUGUUCUCAUUUAGCACUGACUGCUAUUAAAACAGGUUUAACAUUGGAAUUUGAGAUACUAGUACAAUUAACAAAGGCACAAGUCGAAGUUCAAAAUUGGAAAUUUUUACCGACUCUAAUGGCUCUCUAUGGAGCACAAACGCGAAUGUCAGCUUGGGAAAGGACUCUGCAGAGCAAGGAGUCCUGGAAAUUGGGUUUUGGUGCGACAUUUCUUAAAGCGAAUCAACAACCAGCACUAUACCAAUGGCUGGUGAAACUUCGCAGUGCCAUAUUAGCUAAAUAUUCCUUGUACUUCCACACUGCUCUAAGCCAGCAAGCUAGUCCAGGAGAAAUGAGAAGUAUUAUGAGCAAACAGAGUGUGGAUUAUUAUCAUAAGAUGCAAAGUUUUCAGCGGAAGCACGAUGUACUAGCGGUGCUAAUAAUCUUUGAUUCUAGAGGAACUGAAAAUUCAGGUCCUGGAUAUAGAUAUCCAGACAGAGGAGCAGACGCUUCCGAGAGCUUUCGCUUUGUUGUUUGUUAUCCUAGUACAUUUAUGCAGAAACCAUCGGAGCACUUGGACAAUAUUCAAACCAAGAUAAAGGAACGUCAGAUGGAACUUCUUGCCAUGGACAAAGUUACUUACCACAAAAGCACAAAGGAUUUAUGUACAUAUGCAUUCCACAACACUGAUCCUAGAAUGACCCUCGUUGUAGCAUUUGAAAACGGCAAACAGAGGGACAAAGAAACUCACAUUACGUCGUUUAUGACAGAUCUCGCUAUGCAUAUUAGAUGCAAUAAAGUUUACGAAUGUUUGAAAUUAUCGAAAUGAGUAAUUGCACAAAAGUGAGAAUAUUGGAUCGUACCAAAGACCUGUAUGUUUAUUCUGUAAUUUUCUGUAACACAGAUAUAAUAUCUAAAAAUUGCAGAAUAUAUAUACUGAUUAUGUUAUGACAAAAAUGGAUUAAUAAAUUUAUUAAAAUAGUUAUAUAAAAUUAUAAAGAAAAUUUAGAUUGAUCACAUUGAUUGCUCAUACUUUGUGUGACAGAAAUAUUUCAAUAUUUCUAGUCUGAUCUGAAUAUUAAUUUUAGUGAAUCUAAUCGUAUAUACAUUUACAACUAAUAUAUAAAAUAAGAAUAUAAAAAUUUACAUUUGUUAUCGAUGAUGCAAAUAUCGCUGCGAUCAUAAAAAAAUUAUUAAAAUAAAUUUUAUUGAAAUAAAAGAGAGUGAAUGUAAUGCAAUAUGUACCAUUGUUGAACUAAGAAUGUCGAAAAAUAAAUGUAAUUCUUUUAAUUUUUAAAUUAAUACAGGGCAGCAAAAAUGAAGUCAGAC